AUGUCACUGAAUAUGAUCAGUCGAUUAGCCAAUGGUGCGGAUGGAUCAGAAUCGUCACUUAGUUCGUUGCCUACGUAUGGCGUCAUAAGGAUAUCAAAUGGUUCAGACGGCACCAAGAGCGAGUACUCAUUCGGGAAUGAUUCUGCUAUCGCUGCUGGUGGAAACAGGUAUAGCAUUGAUACGAGUGACAUUGUAAGUUUCAGCAAUGAGGGUUAUAGGAAGCCUGUCUUGACUACGAUGGUCCCUGGCGGUGACGGUGGUGACGGUGAUGUUGAUGAUGCCAAUAGAUGGGUAAUACCGGCGCCUCCCCACGACAGAGCUCUGGUGGUGCUAUCGAGAGUUGUGGACGCAUACAAGUCACCACAUCAUGGAUCAUUCCUUUCAGAUGAUGUUUUCCUCAAUAAGAGAGCGCUAGAGAGUGGCUCAAUUACCAAUGCAAGCGUCAAGCUUGGUACGCUGAGGGAGGUGACAUCUCUGUUCAGCAAGCUUUCAAAGGGUGAAGCUAUUGACGUCAGCUCCAUCGAUUCCGUACUUUUGUACUAUGAGAAGCUGCUGGAUGCAUUUGAUCAUCUCGCAGACGACAUAGCUCAAGAUGAAGUGGUGCGUGUACAUUCGUCAAGCUCGAACAUUCAAAGAGUUGAAUCUAUCACCUCAACAACGGCAUCAGUGAUGACAGCGAACACCAUGAAUAGCAGCUUAUCUCGAAAACAUGGAGACAAGAGAAAGGGCUCGAUCUUCAAUGUCUUUUCGUCGAGAAGGACCAAGGGAAACCCACCCCCUUCGUCUACAAACGUAUCGUCUUCACCAAACGUGUCCACCAGCAAAUUACAUUCUAAGAAAACUAGCAUAUCAUCAACUACGUCGUGGAAACCGCAUCAAGAUCACUGUUCUAUGGACCAGUACAUCGCACUGAUUGAGCCUUUGAUACAACAACUGUAUAAGUUCAAAGGUACUGACUCAACAAGUGAUUCAUUCGAGAGGUUGGUUCAAUUCACUGAUGAAUACUUGUUGCAAUUCAUCAUCAGGGAUGUUUCUCAGCUCUCUUUGAAAUUCAUGAAAGAAGAGUAUCAAGCAUACUACUGA